CCUGUUCUUCAGCUCCUCACAGAAAAUCUGAAGCUACAAGAAGAAGACAUCAUAAUCCAUUCAUCACUCUGACGACCUGCAUCAAACUCAGCCAUGAAGAUGCUGACCGUGUUGCUACUCGUCUGUGCCGCAACGGCCCUGACUGAUGCUGCUGAAGAACAGCCCGAUCACAUGACGGGAGAAUCAGAAGAACCAUCCAUUCAAGAAGCUGGUUCAGGAGACAAUGAAACGGCAGUUGACUCGUCCAUUCAAGACGAAGCACAGCCGGAUGAAAUUAAAGGAGAACCCUCCGUUCCAGAAGGUGAUGUGAUGGCAGAGGGUGACGAUCUCACUGUCCAAAGUGGUUGUCCCAGUGGUUGGACUGCGGACAACGGUCGCUGUUUCCUCUACGUUCCAAGAGCAAUGCGUUGGGUUGAUGCUGAGAGGAACUGUCAGUAUCGAGGUGGAAACCUUGCAUCAGUGCACAGCUUUGAUGACUAUCACGCUAUUCAGAGAAUGUUAGCGCGGCAGACUGGAUGGCUACCAGUAACAUGGAUUGGAGGCUCAGACGCACAACAGGAGCGUACUUGGCUGUGGAGCGAUGGUUCACCUUUCAACUUUAAAAACUGGUGUCGAAGACAGCCUGACAACCUGUCCAACCAGGACUGUCUGCAGAUGAACUAUAGUGGUAACAAGUGCUGGGAUGAUAAUCAAUGCUACAAACACUACCCAUUCGUCUGUGCAAAGAAACUUCAAUCCUGCCUCGGCUGACGAACUUGUCGAGAACUCCAACUCAUCUGUGUUUUGUGUCAUCAGUCUCAAAUUGAAUCUGAAGGCUCUAAAACUCAUAUCUUUGUUUUAUUCUUACUAUCGCUUCAAGUAAUUCAAACAGGAGCUGCACUGUCUCUCUGGUUUUAUGCUUCUAAUAAUAUGAAACAACAUUGUUCUCACACCUAAACCCACAUGAGCUCACAAAUGUCUGUCGUAUAUUUUCUCUCUCUGUAACUGUAUUUUAUCCCUGUUGCAUUCAUAACGGCACUGUAAUUAUAACUGAACUGUUUUCAUUUUCUUACCCUUUUUAUCUUUAUCUCUGUUGUUUCUAAAAACCUACAGUGGACAGGUGUUGCAAAUUAGCAUUUUUCUAUAAAUACUAAGAGCAGUGCAUCUGGAACUAGUGCAUGGUUAAAUGUUACAGAACCAAUGUUACUUUAUGUCCAUGUUAAAUAAACAAAUAAAUAAAUAAAUAAUUGGCAACACUUUA